GUGCAGAUGCUGGAGGUAACCGGCUUCAGGCAGAGACUGCUGUGUGCCUUGAGUCUGUGCAGACGACAGCAGUGCUGUCUCCCCCACACGCAGCACAUGCAGCACACGCAGCACACGCAGAGGGAGGGGCUGUAUGCAGACGGCACUACAUGGCUCCCUCGAGGCCGCUCCCCCUCCCAUCCCGGCACGCUCUGCAGACUCCAGGAUGAGCUGGAGAGUGAGAGCGAGCUCCUGUAUCUCUCUUUCCUCACCGCCUCCUCCAUCCCGUUGCUCUCAUUAUCGUCAUCUGACAGCGAGAGCACGUCAUCGACAGGGCGCACACGCAGAUGUAAACACGGGCUCGGGAGCGGCCAUGGCGUGAGAGAGCUGCUCAUCAUGGGAAAUCAAGACGGAAAGCUCAAGCGCUCCGCCGGGGGGGAUGCAGGAGGAGGCGCGGCCGAGGAGUGCGGAGCUCUCAGGGAGAAUAAUGGCACCAAGAAAGGAUUUCAAGGGAAGAAAUCUCACGGUAAACACGGUAAGGGUGGGGAGGGAGGGAAGAAGAAAAACAAAUCGGACUCCAAAUCCGUCUUUCCUCACAUACGGAAGCGUAAGGGCCUCGGGAAGGUGAAAGGAUUUCUGGGCGGCUCUAAAGAGGAUGCGUUAGACUCCCAGCUUGAGGAACUCGACAGCGUCCCAUCUCUGUGCAAUAAAACACCGGAUCUGUCCGGAGAUGAGCUGGGCCAGUCGGACUCCGAAUUCGAGAGGCCUCGACUGGUGGCCGACAGCAGACAGACCACGCUGGAUGCCACCGACGGCCCGGAGGAAGAGGAGAAGAAAGUGGUGAGCUCCGGAUCGGACACGGAUAUGUACAGCUUCCACUCGGCCGCAGAACAAGAGGAUCUGUUGGCUGACAUUCAGCAAGCCAUCCGUCUAAAGCAGAGUGUGGUUCUCUGUGGCGCCGAGCUGCCCUGGGAGAAAGACUAUAUACAAACCAGCUUAAGUGAUGCUAAAAGCACCCCCACCCCGGACUCGGAGCCCUUCACUGUGCUGGAAGCGCUCGCCAAACGAGAAAACGGGAAUGUUGGCAGCGUGCGUCUCUCCCCGCAGCCCGCAGAAGAGGAGAGGGCUGUGAAUGGAGAGUCAGACGCUGCCCUUUGUGCCUCCAUCGCCAUGGCAACAGUCACAAAAGAGCCAGAGGCAGCGAGCAUCUCCCCCCUUUCCACAAGCCCCGUUGCCAAGACGACCAGCACCACCAGCUUCCCGGACCUCACGGCCUCGUUCGAAAGCGCUGUGGAAGCCGUCGAAGAGGAAGAAAAUGGAAAUCCCUCGGACGGGUCGCCUAAAGACGGGCCAAGCACGGAUACGGUGUCGGCGGGUUCCCUGGAGUGUCUCAGCGCUGUGGAGAUGACCUCCGAACCACCUGACAAUGAGGACGAAACGCCCGCCGUCCAACGGCGGAAGAGUUGCGUUACUUUCUCGCAACAGGAAAGUCCGCUCGCCUCAAGGCUCUUAAAAUCGAACGGUGGCAACUCCGUGAAGCCCUACCCCUCCAUCAGCACGUCCUACAUCAGAACAACCACGCGGCAGCUCAGCUCGCCCUUGUGCUCGCCCGCACCCUCGCCGUCCCACAGCCCGCUGGCCACACGCCGAGGCCGGGACUCCCUGGCAACUAUUAUCAGGGCGGAGAGGAGAAGAGUGAAGCGGCAGCGGUCCUACACCAUCACGGGUCCCAUCAGUCGAUCGGCGGACUGGACGGAGGAACUGCGGUCCCUGCCUCCCAAAGCAACAGGCUCAGCUGAUUACCUGGAGUACGGUGGCUCAGAGGGCACACUCAGGACGGGCAGUCCGACACAAAGGGCGUCUGUGGUUCAGGCCCCUACCUGCGGCUUCCAGGACGUUUUCACAGGUCGGACUCUUCUGGAGAAGUUCUUCCAGCAGCAGGAUUCAGGAGAGCCGGAGGAAGUGGUGCAGCUGUGCUCCCGGAUUCUGGCGAUGGGUCUCCUGCUGCCGUUCAGUGACUGUUUCAGAGAGACGUACGACAGCAGCGGACACAUCCCACCCAAAUUUGAUCAAGAUCAGCUGUACACAUGGGCCGCCGUGAGUCAGCCGCCACAGUCACUGGAGCGUUUGGAAGGAUGUUUACCUGGACACCUGAAGAACCUGUGGCCCCCGACCAGACCGGGAGCUGAGGAGCGACCUGAACCCAAAUACACUGAGGCUGCGUUCGAGGAAGAGGAGGAGCAUCAAGCUGUCGUCUCAGACUUAAAGAAACAUCAGGAAGAGGAAAUCCGGCAAAUACAGGAGCAGUCGGUGUUGAAGACGGUGCAUUUGAAACAGGAGCACGUCUGUGUGAUCGAACAGUUGGAGCAAACCAUUGAAGACCUGCGCAGUAAAAUCGCUGAGCUGGAGAAACAGCACCCUCUGGUGGAGCGUGAGGUCAUUACACAGGAUCAGGAGUGCGGCGGAGAGGAAUUCCUCAUCCCGAACAUCUGCCAUGUGGAUCUGCAGACUGAAAAUGCUCUCCUGUUGCUGCUGGAGGCUAAAUCAGUGCAGACGUCACCGGUGGACGAGAGCUUUCGGUUUAAAGUGCCUUCAUUGGACCAGGGCCUCAAGGAGACGCCGCUGCCCAGACAGAGUGAGCCCUCGCUGGGGUCAGAAACCGAAUCUGCCCCUGAUCAGGCCGGGCCUGGGUCUCAAGCAUAUGUGUGCAAAUGCCAGGAGCAGCAGAGCGGUUUAUUGCCUCAAAUCCAUACAGCACCUCCUCCACCUCCUCUACCUCCAGGCUCUGCAUUUCCUCCACCACCACCUCCUCCUCUUCCAGGGAUGAGUGCUCUUCCUCCACCUCCUCCACUUCCAGGCUCUUCAUCUCCUCCACCACCACCUCCUCUACCUGGGAUGAGUGCACCUCCACCACCACCUCCUCUUCCUGGGAUGAGUGCACCUCCACCACCACCUCCUCUUCCUGGGAUGAGUGCACCUCCACCACCACCUCCUCUACCUGGGAUGAGUGCAUCUCCACCACCACCUCCUCUUCCUGGGAUGAGUGCACCUCCACCACCACCUCCUCUUCCUGGGAUGAGUGCACCUCCACCACCACCUCCUCUUCCUGUCUCUUCAUUCCCGCCGCCUCCGCCUCCUUUACCUGGUCUAUCUGUGCCUCCGCCACCUCCGCCUCCUUUACCUGGUCUAUCUGUGCCUCCCCCGCCUCCGCCGCCUCCUCCAGGACCUCCUGGUCCUCCAUCUCUCGGGGCCUGUGCUCCUCCUUUGCCAUUUGGAUCGGGGUCCCUUCCUCCUGCGCUGCCACUGGGGCUGUACGCGUUCGGAGCGGUGCAUGAGAAACCGGCCCGCAAGUGUGUCGUGGAACCGCCGAGACCCAUGAAGCCGCUCUACUGGACCCGAAUACAGCUGCACACCAAAAAGGACUCGAGUUCUGUUGUUUGGGACAAGAUCGAAGAGCCAUCCGUGGAUUUUGACGAAUUUGUUGACCUUUUCUCCAAAACAGCAGUUAAAGAAAAGAAGAAACCACUUUCAGAUACAAUCAGCAGAUCCAAGACCAAACAGGUGGUGAAGCUGCUAAACACGAAGCGUUCUCAGGCGGUGGGGAUUCUAAUGUCCAGUUUACAUCUCGACAUGAAAGACAUUCAACACGCGAUCCUGAAUCUGGACAACACCGUGGUAGAUCUGGAGACGCUGCAGGCGCUCUAUGAGAACAGAGCUCAAAAAGAUGAACUGGAGAAAAUCGAGAAACACGUCAAAUCCUCCAAAGACAAAGAGGGAACGAAACCUCUGGACAAACCUGAACAAUUUCUGCACCAGCUCUCACAGAUCCCGGAUUUCUCCAGUCGAGUCUUCUGUAUUCUCUUUCAGUCGACGUUCUCCGAAUGCAUUUCAUCUGUUCAGCGCAAACUUCACAUUCUACAGAGAGUCUGCAAGAAUCUUCAGAGUGGUUCCAGCGUCUUGAAGAUUCUCGGUUUAGUUUUGGCUUUUGGGAAUUUCAUGAAUGGAGGGAAUCGCAGCCGAGGUCAAGCAGACGGAUUCUCACUCGAUAUUCUGCCCAAACUGAAGGACGUGAAGAGCAGCGACAACAGUAAGAGUCUGCUGUCAUACAUCGUGUCGUAUUACCUGAGACACUUUGACGAGGACGCCGGCAGAGAAACGUGUGUGUUUCCUCUCCCAGAACCUCACGAUCUGUUCCAGGCGUCUCAGAUGAAGUUUGAGGACUUCACUAAAGACCUGCUGAAGCUCCGGAAAGAUCUGCGAGUGUGCACUGCAGAGGUGGGGAAGGUUUGCUCCGUCACGACAGAAGAACAUCUGCAGCCCUUUAAAGACGAGAUGGAGAAGUUUGUAAGUGAAGCGAAAACGGAGCUGGAAACUGAAGAGACGCAACUGAGCGAGACUCACAAAAUGUUCUUGGAGCUGUGUGUGUACUUCUCCGUGAAGGCCAAGAGUGGAGAAAAAGAGGUCUCGCCAAACACGUUCUUCUCCGUCUGGCACGAGUUCUCCACCGAUUUCAAAGACACUUGGAAGAAGGAGAACAAGGUUAUUUUGCAGGAGAGGUUGAAGGCAGCAGAGGAGUGUUUCAGACAGGUGAAGGAGAAAGCCACAUACAGCGUCAAACCCAAACACGCUUCAGGAAUCAAAGCAAAGUUGGGAAUGAAGAUUUGAGAUGUCUGUGUUUCCACUCUUUUGGGAUAUUUGAAUACUGUUCGGGAGUUUGACAUCUUUAAAUCACACACAAACACCGAGUAAACCACCAGAGCCGUUUCAGUGUUGUCAUCUGCCAUAUGGACACAGGAAGUGCCCCCUGAAUUUGAUGUCAUAUCCUGUGAGGUGGUGAAAUUAGGAGCGUGACAUUCCAGAAUUCCCAGUUGCUCUGGACCCACAGACACUGCAGGAGUUCACUGGAUGUGCUGGAGGACUUAAGCAAUAUCAAUAUCAUACAAAUGUGUCCGUUUUAUUUUUAAUAGGUGAGAAAAAAAAGACAAACCGAGACAGAGAGAGAACGGUGUUUUUCUAACGGGUGAGACGCUGAAACAUCCGCUCGCAGAAACAAGCGUUACGUGCAGCAGUCAGUCCUGAUGCUCUGAGCCGGUCUCACAUAAAGCACAUCAUCCAGUGAUGGACACUUCAGACCUACAGGACCUGAGAGAGACACUGCAGCCAGUAUGCGUCCUUUCUCUCUCCGUCUCUGUUUAUGAUCCUUUUGUUUUGCUGCAUCAAAACACUCAAAAUAUAUUUAAAAUGAUGUUUUUUAAAUGAGUGGUAUUAACAUGUUUGUGUAGCAUUGUUUGUUUUUAGCAUGUGUGUGUUGGCGGUGUGGAUCGAUGCAGGAGGGAUUAUUGCUCUUCACGUGCAAUAACUGUUUGUAUCGUUCAUCGUUUUGGGAACUCUGUAAUUUAUGUAAAAUAAA